GUCAUUGCAGAAGUAGCGCGUUGUUUGUGUUUUUCGCUACAUGCGCAUGGUCUUCGUAGAGCAUGGUGGAUGAGGAUUCCGAUGACUAUGAGGCACUGCCGAACACUAGUCCACUUUCACAACACAUGCUAGCCGGUGCUUGUGCCGGCAUAAUGGAGCAUAUUGUAAUGUAUCCUGUUGAUUGUGUUAAGGUAGGUAGUAACAAUACUGAUUCUUCUUCAACUUAUGUGAUUUCUCCACUAUACAGACUCGAAUGCAGUGUCUCAGACCAAUGGGUGGUGGUGCUAAUUGCCCUGGCCUACUAACUGGUCUAUAUCGUCUUAUUCUACAAGAAGGAAUCCCUGGAACAUUAAAAGGCAGUGGUGCAGUGAUAUGGGGUGCUGGUCCAGCGCAUGCUGCUUAUUUUGGAUGUUAUGAAAAAAUGAAAUCAUUCUUAACAACAGUAUCUAUGGGAUCAAGUCAUGUAAAUCAUAUGAUAGCGGGGACUUGUGCCACUCUACUACACGAUGCUGUCAUGACUCCUGCAGAUGCUGUUAAACAACGCCUACAAAUCUAUAACAGUCCAUAUCAUAAUUCAUUUGAUUGUCUACGUCGUAUUUGUGUAACAGAAGGGCCAAGAGCAUUGUAUAAAGCCUAUUUCACUCAGUUAUCAAUGAAUAUCCCCUAUCAGACUAUACAUUUUGUGUGUUAUGAACAAGCCCAAAGUGUACUGAAUCCAAAUCGUCAAUAUCUACCCUGGUCGCAUAUAUUAUCCGGUGGGAUAGCUGGUUGUUUUGCUGCAGCUUUUACCAAUCCAUUGGAUGUAUGCAAAACAAUGUUAAAUACACAGGACCGAUGUAUGUCAAAAACUCCAUGCCGUGGUCAUUUCACACAAUCGUAUAAACCUGAAUUCCGUGGAUUAUUUAGUACAGCUAAAUAUGUCUACGAAUUGGCUGGCAUAAAAGGCUUUACUCGAGGCAUGAGUGCUCGAGUGUUAACAGCUGUUCCUGGCACUGCAUUAUCCUGGUCAGUUUAUGAAUAUUUUAAAUGGCGAUUGAAACAGCCGACAAAACCUACUUCUGGACCAUCAGAUUUCACUGGUGGUGCUAGUAGUGGUUCUGGUAUCCAUAAGAUCGAUAUUUCACCAAUGGAAAAGUUGUGUGUCACAGCUAGCACCACUAAUUGGUUGCCUACCUCUACAGAUCUAACAUGUACAGCAGCAGCAGCGGUAACUACAAGUAGUAGUAGUAGUCCUACGACAACGGCGACGACUAGCCCACGAACAAGUAGUAUACAGGAGAAGACUCGUUGAGUCAUUUUCUACUACUUACAUCCCCCCCCAUGCAACUACUAACUGGCCUCCUGUGAUGUGUGUGUGUGUAUGUGCGUGUGAUGAUCAAGUAUCCAUUGCCCUAACGUGAGAAUCUGCUUAAUUAAUUUUAUCUCUGCUUUGCAAAAGUGCUGUAUACAACAACAACAACACAGUCACUGAUGGCGGUAGCUGUGGCGAUCCUUCAGUCUUACAGUGAGUAGUCACCUAAUUCUUCUCGUAUACUUCAACAGAAACUAUGUACAAAAAAGUAAAGCGUAUCUCUUUUUGUAUUAUUAUCAUCAUUUAUUUCUUAUCACAACCAACCCCCUCGCUCCACGUGUUAGGCGUCGUUAUUAUUAUUAUUAUUAUUAUUUCGAUUUAUUUCAUAUUUCUACUCCCCUUUCCUUCUUUUGCGCCUUCGUCUUCCUUGUUCUACUGUCGCUUCUGGUUUUUUUAUAUAAUCAGAUGGCUUUUCAAGCCCCACAUAUGUACAAAAUUGCAUCCGUUUUGUUUUGUUUUGUAGUGAGUAGCCUCCUUCGUUCAUUCAAUCUUUCUUUCAUUCUGUCUAUCUCUCUGUGUGUCUGGCUUUCAAUCUCCGGUUUAUUUCAAGGAUAAGACAAAGAUCAAGAAUGAUAAUAUUAUAUACAUAUACAUAAUACUUACAUAUAAUAAAUAGAUAUUUUAAAGCUGUAGACCCCUUUGA